AUGACUCAAGAAGGCCUUCACAAAAACCAGACAACUUUUUCCUGUCCCAGUUGCAGCAGCUCACAUGAUCACAAAAGCUACUCAUUAUCUUUGAUGAUUUUUUUUUUCACUGACUCCUUAAACUUUAAUUUAUUUGCCUCUCUCUCUUUUUUCUUUCAUUCUCAAUCUCUUCCAAUUAUUCUCUUUCACAUUUCCAUUUUUUAUUCUCAUUUUCUUUUACUAUUUCUUCAUUUUCUCACACACUUUCUCAUUUUCAUCUUAAUUUUUCAUUCUCCUAAUUAUUUUCUCACUCCCACACUCUUUCUAUUCUUCGUUUUCUCACUCACUCUCUCAUUCUAUUUAUUUUCUCACUUUUUCUCCUCACUCUCUCAUUCUAUUCUUCGUUUUCUCACUCACUCUCUCAUUCUAUUCUUCGUUUUCUCACUCACUCUCUCAUUCUAUUCUUCGUUUUCUCACUCACUCUCUCAUUCUAUUCUUCGUUUUCUCCUCCUCUCUCAUUCUAUUCUUCGUUUUUCUCUCAUCUCUCAUUCUAUUCGUUUUCUCCUCACUCUCUCAUUCUAUUCUUCGUUUUCUCACUCACUCUCUCAUUCUAUUCUUCGUUUUUCUCCUCACUCUCUCAUUCUAUUCUUCGUUUUCUAUUCUUCAUUCUAUUCUUUUCUCUCAUUCUAUUUUCACUCCUCUCUCAUUCUAUUCUUCGUUUUCUCACUCACUCUCUCAUUCUAUUCUUCGUUUUCUCACUCACUCUCUCAUUCUAUUCUUCGUUUUCUCACUCACUCUCUCAUUCUAUUCUUCGUUUUCUCACUCACUCUCUCAUUCUAUUCUUCGUUUUCUCAUUCACUCACUCAUAUUCUUUUCAGUUACUCUCAUGCUCCUCUUCGUUCUCUCAUCCCCUCGCUCUCAUGCUCCUCUUCGUUCUCUCAUCCCCUCGCUCUCAUGCUCCUCUUCGUUCUCUCAUCCCCUCGCUCUCAUGCUCCUCUUCGUUCUCUCAUCCCUCGCUCUCAUGCUCCUCUUCGUUCUCUCAUCCCCUCGCUCUCUCUCCUCUUAGUUUCUCUCAUCCCCUCGCUCUCCAUGCUCCUCUUAAUUCUCUCAUCCCCUCGCUCUCAUGCUCCUCUUCGCUCUCUCAUCCCCCCUCUCAUGCUCCUCUUAGUUCUCUCAUCCCCUAAGCUCUCAUGCUCCUCUUCGUUCUCUCAUCCCCUCGCUCUCAUGCUCCUCUUCGUUCUCUCAUCCCCUCGCUCUCAUGCUCCUCUUCGUUCUCUCAUCCCCUCGCUCUCAUGCUCCUCUUCGUUCUCUCAUCCCCUCGCUCUCAUGCUCCUCUUCGUUCUCUCAUCCCCUCGCUCUCAUGCUCCUCUUCGUUCUCUCAUCCCCUCGCUCUCAUGCUCCUCUUCGUUCUCUCAUCCCCUCGCUCUCAUGCUCCUCUUCGUUCUCUCAUUCCCUCUCACCUCUAACACAUUCUCUUCUUGA